GCCAUUACUGGGUUUAUUUGCACUUUACGACACCUUUUGUUUUCUGCCUUUAUCGGCAUGUGCAGUGAAUCACGAAUGCUAAGGGCAUAGUUCAUCAGCGAAUAUAACACCAUAUUUACCCCAUAUUAUUAUUUUGCUACAUUUGGGAAACAAUAUGGCGACUGCUUUGAAUGAACGGGUCAGUGAAACGUCUGCAACAGAGGAGCAAGCAAAUCGCGUAUUCCUAUGGAGUCUGCCACGCUCUUGUACUACAGUAUUCACUCGAUGUAUGGAAGCUCUUGGGAAACCUAAUGUUGAAAUUUUCUGGGAGCCUUUUGUAUCUAGUGAAUUCUACGGACCGGAAAGAAGACAUUUCUUCGCGAAUGACAGCCCUCAUCUUCUUCAAGAGAAAUAUACAUUCGCCUAUGUCAGAGAUUUCUUGGAAGGGGACUUCCCUGAUGCUAAGCUUCUGUUCGCCAAGGACGUAACUAUUAGUAUCAUGGGAAAGUUUGAGUUCAUUCCUAAGACCUACCGACAUACAUUUCUCAUCCGAGAUCCCAGGAAGACAUUCCUCUCUAUCCAGCGGUUAUCAGAUACCUUGCCCGAGGAACAUCGCUUUGAUGUGAAGAAAGAAUACGGAAAAGGAUAUCAAGAAAUAAUUGAUGUCAUGCAAUACGUCGAGGAAACAUUGGGACAAAAACCUGUCAUUAUUGAUGCAGACGAACUGCUUUCCGAACCUGACCGAAUUCUUCCGAUGUAUUGCCGAGCUGCAGGACUCGAGUACAACCCGAAGAUGCUGUCGUGGGGCAAGACCAAUGUGAAAGAAUUGAACUGGCACUUUGCAGAGAGUAUGCCAGAUUUCGAUAAAAUUGGACUGUUUGAUAGUGCUAUGAAAAGUUCGAAGUUUACUCCGUCUGGUAGCAGAACGGAAAAAUCAUUUGAUGAAAGCAGUUGGACAACAGAUUUAAGAGAAUGCAUCGGAGCUGCUUUGCCUCUCUAUCAAAAGCUAUUCCAAAUGAGAUUAAAGUAGAUUUAAUGAGUAACAAUCUAUAUUUAGUCAAAGGAAAUUAAAGAAAAUUAAAAAAAAAGUGGCAACGAAAAACAGGUGGCUGCCGGGUUUAAGUAAAAAGUACUCACAUACUAACAUUUCUACGUUGCGAUUUCAUGGUGUAUAGCGUA